AUGAGACACGCUUCAGCCAGUUCACACUUGAACCAGGACCCACAGUCCCUGGACGCUGCGGUGCAGAACACGCUUUCGGCCCUCUACCCGCCCUUUGACUCCACGGCCCCGAUGGUGCUCAGCCAGCUUUUCCACGUGCUGGAGGCCAAAUACCACGGAGACGGGCUGUGCUGCCUCCUGGACUUCCUCAUCCCAUCCAGGCGGCUGCUGGAGCACGUUCGGCAAGCGGCCUGCGCUCCUUACAUCAGCCACGUUUUCCUCCACGAAGGCUGGCCCCUGUGCCUCCAUGAGAAAGUGGUCGUCCACCUGGGCCCGCUGAACCCCCUCCUGCUGCGCCCCGGCGACUUCUACCUGCAAGCCGAGCCCUGCGGAGAGCAGUCGGCUUCUCUCUCCGUGAAGUGCCUCUCCAGAGACCUGACCACCGUCGAGAAGAUCCCCAUCUCGGAAGCCACCUGCUCCCUGCUCUUCACCCAGGAGUGGCUGGAGGAGGUCAACCGAGACCUCGACCGGCCAGAGCUGCGGAAUUGCCUGGUGGCCACCAGCAACGGGAUUGCCCCGGUGCCGUGGAGCAAAAUCGUCAGCCCAGAAUUCGUCAAAAUAUCUCAGGCUGAAGAUUCGGAGGGCAAAGACACGACAACCCCUCCCGAGUCCCCGAGGCGCACCAACCGCACCGCUGGGGACGUGGGAGCUGCUCCGAGCAAGUACCCGGGCCUCAUCAAAGUGGAGCAGGGAUCCUGGAUGAAAUCCACCUUGUUUGUGGUGCCGAGUUUGUGCGACAUCAUCAGCGAGAACCUGGAAGGGGAGUACGUCAACCUCUUGGGCUUCUCCGAAGAGAGGAAAUUGGAUCUUCCUUCUCCGGCCAAGACGACGGUUUUGCCUUCUCCGCAGGCUGGAAGGGAGGAAUCGCCCGAACCCAACGAGGGGCUUUCUUGGGCCGAGGGGGAGGCCGCGGCCGUGGAAAACUGGGCCUGUGGGAAGGGGCAGAACUCCGAGGAAGGCCCCUGCACCCCUUGCUUGCGGAGGAAGCUGAGCCGGGACCCCGAGCAUCACGAAUUAAGGUGCCGGUAUCGGGAGUCGUAUGUGGCCGCCCUCCAAAAUCCGGUCCGCUUCAGCUCAGGAUUGAUGGCGGCCAUUUUGGAGGAAAUGGAUGCGGCACACCCCUUGGAAAGCACGGCCGCUCGGCCUCCAGAGGGGUCAGAGGUGACCGUUCACGGGAGCCUCUCGGACACUCCGAACAAGGAAGGCAAAGCCGAGCAGGUGGCCAGACCGGGGCACGCGAAGCUUCUGAAGCCGCCUGCGGAGUCUUUGGCGGCCGGCAGCAAAUUCUCGUUCUUGAAAGGCCACCGCCUGCAGGCUUCCUCCGGGGGUGGCCUGUCCGUGGCCGAGAAGGGCAGCAAAGGGCAGGAGGGGCCUCGAAAGAGGGCGUCUGUCGUUUGCUCUCCCAGGACGGCCGGAGCUAAGCAGGCAGGCGGGAAAGGUACUAACGAGGUUGGCGUGGUGCUUGCGGAAGUCCCCCUACCCAAGUGCCUGGAAGGUGCUAUAGAGGGUACUUCGCCCACGGAUGCUCUUCUCCCCGGAUCCAGCCCCCAGAAUCGUGUCCAGUGGGAGGUGCUCCGUCCUGAGCUUCUGUCUUCUGGGAUAGCGUGUCUGCCAGGCAGCACAGACAGACUCGGGAGACCCAUCCUCCAGAUUCCCCACCAGCAACCCAGCGUGGCAGGCCCCCUGGUGUUCAGCCCAAGAGGUGACGAAACGCGCCAAAUCAACGUGCUCAUAAUCCGAGACGGUUAUAGUUCAGUCAUAACAAUCCAUCACAAAGUCUGCGUAGCAUUCAAAAGUAAACAGGGACAGACAAUUUGUCAGGAUCUUGUUUCUUCCUUUAGGAAACAAGCCCCAGUUGCCGAACUGACGGUGGUCAUUGAUGCCCGAAAGGAGCCUCUUUCCCCUGUCGUCUCUGCCUCACUGGACUCCGUCCAGAAGGCCUCUCCCGGCUCCAUCCGUGUUGUGCUGAUCUUGGCAGAGAAGGAGAUGGUGCCCCACCUGGACAAGUUCUCUGGCCUGCCGGUGGAGCUGCUGAGCUCUCUAAAGGCUCUGAACCGCCAUGUGGACAGCAGUCAGCUGACCCGGGCCCUGGAGGGCACCUUCCCCUAUUGCCACAGCGAGUGGGUUCAGUAUUUUCAGAAGAUGCACAACUUUAUGGGCGAUCUCCAGAAGGCAUCUCAGUUGCUUCAAAGCACCGUCCAGGAGCUGGAGAAGAGAGACCACCUGGGGAGUCUGCAGAGUGCUCUUAGCAGAGCGUCCAACAUCUGCCUGCUGCGAGCCAGCCAAAUCGUUGCUCGGUCUCAUCCUUCCCCCAGAGGACUUUAUUGCCGCCCCCCUCUUUCUCGGACCCUCCGCCCUGGCUUCUGGGCCUGUUCUGUGCUCCCUUCUGCCGCCCCCGCUUUUGAGGGGCUGCCCCGGCUGCUCUGCAGGCUGGAACCUCUCCCCACACGCAGCUCCAAGAAAGGGAGCCAGAGGCAGAUGAGGGAAACAUGA